AUGGUGGCAACUACGUAUCUGACGAGUAAUGUUGUGGAGACGAUUUCGUAUAUGGGACUCUUGGAUGAGGUUCUUGGGACUCUGGAGGAACGUGUAGAUUGGAAUGGAGAGAUUGAGGGAAUGCUUUACCAACGAAGAGACGAUCUGGCGAAGGGAGUAGAGAGGGAUUACUGGCAUGCUGCGUAUCGGAUGAUGCAGUUUGUCGUGGAUGACGCUGGGACAGGACAUGUCGCCGAUCGCAUGGACCAGGAUAUUGCAAUAAUGAUUACCAUGGAGCAUGUGAGUGGGAAGCUUCGGUCGGCUACGGGCUCGGUCCGGAGGAGUAUGUGA